CCACAACUAAGCAGUUUACAGCGAAGCCCAGCUAGAAGAGUCCUACUCAACCUCCGCCUGGGAGCAGCAGGUAUCCACCAGCUCCCCGGCAGCUUUGCUCUGAGGACCUCACGUCACUACCUCUCCGACUGCCCUUGUCAACGCCUGACUCGACACUGAAGACAGCCCCACCAGCCCCCCGCCAAAACCCAUGCUUCCUCGUCCUCCAUCUGCAGCAGUGUCUCUGACUACAUUUAGCCUUCUUGUCCGGGCCUCUCUCCUCUCCCGUGGCCCUCCUCCUCUCUCUCCAUCACCACCAGCAGGGCGCGCGUCGGGGCAGCCCUGGCCGGCAGGAGGGGGCGGGUCCUGCGGCGACCGGAAGCCGGUAGCCGGAAGCCGGAAGGGGGGCUGUGAAGACGUGUUCCGAGGAAGCCAGGGCCGGACCCGGCGGGGCCGGCGACAUGGAGCCGCUGUACCAGCAAACGCACAAGCAGGUUCAUGAGAUCCAGUCUCACAUGGGACGCCUGGAGACGGCCGACAAGCAGUCUCUGCACCUUGUAGAAAAUGAAAUCCAAGCAAGCAUCGACCAGAUAUUCAGCCAUCUAGAACGUCUGGAGAUUCUUUCCAGCAAGGAGCCCCCUAACAAAAGGCAGAACGCCAAACUCCGUGUUGACCAGUUAAAGUAUGAUGUCCAGCACCUGCAAACUGCUCUCAGAAACUUCCAGCAUCAGCGCCACACAAGGGAGGAGCAGGAGAGACAGCGAGACGAGCUUCUGUCUCGCACCUUCACCACUAAUGACUCUGACACGACCAUCCCAAUGGAUGACUCGCUGCAGUUCAACUCCUCCCUCCAGAAAAUUCACUACGGCAUGGACGACCUCAUUGGAGGCGGGCACAGUAUUCUGGAGGGACUGAGGGCCCAGAGACUGACCUUGAAGGGGACACAGAAGAAGAUCCUUGACAUUGCCAACAUGCUGGGCUUGUCCAACACCGUGAUGCGGCUCAUCGAGAAGCGGGCUUUCCAGGACAAGUACUUCAUGCUCGGUGGGAUGCUGCUCACCUGUGUGGUCAUGUUCCUCGUGGUGCAGUACCUGACAUGAGCCGGCCCCGCCCCGCGGCUGGAUGCCGAUCCCACCGUGCGAGAGUCUGUGUGAGUGUGUGUGCGUGAAAGAGAGGGUUGGGCCCAGAGGCUGCCUUCUGAAAUGUAUGCCCUGCUUAACUGUGAAGACCACUGGGAGUAAUUGUGAUCUGUAACCUAGCGGGAGUUUCGAACCUGCUGUUUCCUGUAAUACCUUGGAGGGGAGCCGAGUGCUACCAGGAUGCGUGGUGCUAAGGAAAUGAAAGAGGACCUCUUCUCUCUCUCUCUCUCUCUCUGUCUCUUGCCCUCACUGCGGGGAGGAAGUGCUGUAAGGGUAGGGAGUGAAGAAGGAAGGGCGGGAAAGAAUGACUUUGCUGUUUUUGUCCCUGUGGCUGAUGCUUGCCCCGGGGAGGCUUUCAUGGUGAGCCUUGCAGGUAGGACCGUUCGGACCGUUCACUUUGGCAUCAUUCGGCCUUUCUGGCUCCUAGGGGAUAACCCGGAGCAGAAGCCAAAAGAAGGGGAAAGAGGCCUUCUUUUCCUGCGUCCUUAUAACAGACGGUUUCCACGCUCUUCCGUCCCCCACCCCCUGUGACAUGCGGAUGACUAAUUGCUGAUACUUGUCACCCUUCCCUGGAAGCAGUUACCUAGAGGAAACAGAGGCACUGAUGCUAUUGCAGGCAGCAAGUAAGAUUUUCCACAUUAGGGUCGUUGGGUGUUUCUCCUCCCUAACGUGAGGCCAGUAUUAUUCCCUGAGAGUGUUCAGUCUUGAGACUGAAGACCCUAAUCACCGAUUUUUUUCCCCAUGGUUAACAGAAUGAUUGGCUUCUGUGGUUCUAGGCCUGGCCUGGCCUCUUGCCCGCACGCUGGGGGGGCCUUUGCCCCUGAGAAAGUUGCUGUGAUAUGUCCAUUACAGCAUCUUCUCUAGUUUUCGGGUCUCUGAUCCUUUGCUCUUUCCCUCCCCUGAAAUCUGUUAGCAGCUGCCGGCCAGGCUCCCAUUCCGCCCCGCCGGUGUGGGCAGACACCGCGCUGGAGGUGUUCUGGGUGUCCCGUGUGUCUCUGAUCUCAGGGACCGGGACCUUUUUCCUUCUCUGACCAACCCCGGAUUAAGGCUGUGCCAGAAGCUGGCAUAUUGUGGAAUUUAUUGUAAACCAGUCUGUCUUGUUGUGGUUCAGCACUGCAGAUACCAGGAAGACCUGGUUAGCAGAUGUUUUCCUCUGUCAUGUUCCCUACCAGCCGUACGCCAGUUGUCUUAUGGCAAGACAUAAAAUAAUCUCAGAAUUUCCCAGAACUGGAAAGCUGGUCAGUAUUAACUCCACCUUUGAUUGUCAUGCUCCACCUACUUCCUGUGUUUAUUUUUUGUCACUUGGACUAUCUUCUGUCGUCUUUUCCUUUUCUGUGUGUGUUCCCUCCCACCUCCCUUAUUUACUUCCCACCUGUUUCUGUAGCCAUAUUGGUCUUUUCUGCCAUACGUUUUCGUGAAUGUUUCCUCAUUGUCACAGAGUUGUAACAUGAGCUUCCUGGGUGCUAAUUUCACUCUUGGUGGGAUUGCCAUCUCUCCUUCCCCUUUGGGCUGAACGGGCUGCAUGGCUUUCCAAGGAAGGGGGAUCUAGAGGGCCUCGCCAGGGUGAGGACGUAGCCUGAAGGGUAUAUGGAGGGGUCAAGGUGUCUUCAGACCUGGGUCUGACUUUGGGGAGGUAACAUUUCCAUCACCGCCAGCACCCCUGCCAGCACAGGGAUCUUAGCAGUCCAUAUAAAGGGUUCCAUAAAAUGGAUGUGUAAAUUGCACAGACCCAGCUGUCCUAUCCCCUGGGCAUCUGAGGAUCCUGCCAGAGAUCAUAGUUCAAAGGUGUAUAAGGAGCAACUAAGUCAUAUGGACCUGAACUCUAGGGGACAGAAGUCCCCUCCAUCCCCCCCAGCACCCCACCCUCCGUUGGCUGAUGUGGUGUAUUUAUUUGUAGCACAUACCAGUGUAUUCCCACACUUGUCUUGAUAGUGAUUGCUGGUCUUGAUGAACUAGGAGUAAGGCUUUCCACCUUGCUGUACCUUCAGAGCCAUUCUCCCUACUUUGUAAGAAAAGUUAUGGAGGCAGGUUGUGGGUCUUCACCACCUGGGGCUCAGGGACAGCAGUCACAGUGUGUCUGGAGGCCUAAGGCACUGAGAUGGCCUGAGUUGUUUUCAGUGUCCCAUGAGAAAUGCAUCUUGGCCUAACUGGGUGCUACUGUCUCUACAGCACCCCCCCACCCCACCCCCAGUGGGUUAGGGAAGGGUUCCAGGCCAAGGAAAGAGCACCCUCUAGUGGAGCUGGGGUGAAGUGUCAGGUCAGGCUGGCGCAGGAAGCUCCGGUGGACAGCGUCUGUGACCUUGUGCAGGAUUUGGGUGCUCCUGUUGCCGAUGAAGACAGGUGGGUUGUCAGGGAACUUGGGAAUAUUUUUACUCCGUGGAAAUUUACUCCAGGUGCGACCACCUUAAGUAAAGCCAAACUCAAAAGACCAAGUAAGUUGGAGAGUCUUGAUUUUAUAGGAGGCUUCGCUGCUGGGUUUUUACCAGUCUUUGCCCUAAUGAAUUUAAGUGGGUUUGAAUUGCAAAUUUGAAGUUAUAUACCCAUUGUUUCUGAAACACAUCAGGUAAAUAAAGUUGAGAAUUAUUUUAUUUAGACAAUUAUA